UGUUGUUCAGCUGGAAAGCUGUACUAGUUUGUGUCUUACUCGCAACAUUAACAAGCUUCCAAUUCAACAAAGCACUUCCUAUCCAUUUUCUAUCUCUUCAAUCACCCAGCAAUAAGGAGACAUCAGGUGGCUUCAAAAGAUUAUCGGGCGCACAUGUGGUAACUAGGCCAAAUCCAGAAGUCAUCGGUUCCAAUAGAGAUGAGACGGUACACUCUUCCAAUCAGCUUCUCCGAACCGUACCUAGGCCUUGGACGCCUUUCCCAAAGGGUAUGGAUGCCCAAGAUGCCUUCGAGCAGGGCUUAAACAAUCCGCCACCAGGCACCGAAUCAAGGAAGAUUCUGCACCAUUCUUUCUCGGAUAUUGAUCGAAAUCCUGAAAUCACGGUGGUACCUUAUGACAACGGUCUGAUUGAAGGGAUCAUUCGCGCCUUUCAGCAAGAUCUACAUCUCGUACUCCGCCCUGAUGAUAUAUGGCUGGCUAUUACGACUCAGCUUAGCUUCUAUAUAAAUGCUCACGCUGAAAAGCUGAGGCAUCUUUUCGUUACACACGAAGGCAAGGAGCAGUUAGUAGUCAAACUGUUAUCACAAACCAUGGAAACCUUGAAUGUUGCACACGCUGCAGUAUUGUUUUCUCAAUUAAUACAAAAGAAUGUAGUCGACCCUGAACUUGAGAAAUUUCUUAUGCCGAAUUUCAGCACCAGUACUAGCACCGAUAUCAGUGUGGCCGCAAUGGUUAUGAUGGCAACCACAAAAGAAUAUUUCGACUUCAUUACUGAAGUAGGCUGUGGAUUUCCAAGCGUUACUCUCCUCGGUGAAAGGGAAGACUGGGUUAAUCUUCUUGAGAGAUUGCCCAAGCUUGCUACAUUUGGCGAUGAACCCGAGGAAUGGAGUAAAUUACUCGCCAAAGUCACCGAGAAAAUGAUUGAAACGUAUGAUCAUGCAGAUGAUCAGACUACCAAGGAUUUCUGGAUGAAAGCAGUACAUAAAGCUGGUUGGGAGGGCUCAGGACAAGGUUUGGAGUCCUUGUCGGGAUGGCUCACUGCUUUCUGCUUUUGGGAUGGCCAAGGAACAAAAAUCCAUCAGUAUACAGACGAAGAACUAUCUAGCAAGAAGUUCCAGUUUGGCGAUGAAGAUCCCGAAGACAGGAAGAGAUUAAUUAUUGAUGGUGUUGUUUUCCCAAUAAUCCGAGCUAAAAAGAUACCAAAGGCUGUCGUCGACGUACCGGUAAAAGUUAUUGAUCUGUCGACAAUGACUGAAUAUGACACCACUGUCAUAGCUGGCUCAAUAGGCAUGACAGCAACCGCAAGCGAAAAUGAAGGAGUGUAUGACACUUUUCAGCCACGAUCAGGCUGGUGGAUGCUGCUGGAUAAUAUGAAACAAAUCUCCUAGGG